AUGGCCGCCGCGAUAAAAGCCCUCAAUGCGAAGAUUCGCUCCAACCCAGUCUCCGACUAUAUCUGCUCGACACAUUUCUGGGGCCCGGUCUCGAACUUUGGAAUUCCUCUCGCAGCUGUUUUGGAUACACAGAAAGACCCCAACAUCAUCUCCGGUCCCUUCACCGGUGCUCUGACCAUAUACUCUGCAACAUUCAUGAGAUACGCCUUGGCUGUUCAACCCAAGAACUACCUCCUUUUCGCAUGCCACUUUGUCAACUUCAACGCACAAGUUGCGCAGGGAUAUCGGUGGUAUGAUUACUGGUACCGAGGGGGAGCCGACAGAUGGGCUCUGAUCCGUGAAGAAAAGGCUAAGCUCGAGGGAGCUGCUGAAUCGAUAGCAGUUCAAGCCAAGGAUAAAGCCUCAGAGGCUGUUGAACAAGCAAAGAAGACCGUUUCUUGA